UAGAGUGAGUGUGAGUAGUAGACUCAGUGGUAAACAGAGUGAGUAGUUGACUGACAAUUGAAUGUCCCUGAGGACGUGUACUGGUUUGGAAACCUCACUCUAUUGCUUCUCAGCUCUCAUCAGAGUAUUUUGAAUCUGGACGUUGCAGCUCUCUUUCUUUCACCAUGUGGAAUUGUCCUGGUCUGGUGGCAAGUUAACUGUUCUGGCGCAUCGUCUCAGUCUUCCUGGAUCUUUUCUCGGCCUAAGGGAUUUGUGACAGAUACAGAAUGUUUUGGCCCAUUUUUGAAAAACCAAUGUCAACAACUACCCCCACAAUUGACAGAAACCUUUCAGAAGAACUGAUGGGUAACAGCACAUGCGUGGACAUCUCUGAAAGCCCUGUCCCAGGCUUCUUGACCGGCAUCUACAUCCUGGCAUUUAUUUUGGGCCUGGUCUUUAACAUCUUGACGCUUUGCCCCAUCCUCCAGCAGGUCCGCAGUCAGAACAUCUUGGGGGUGUUCCUACUCAACCUGUCCAUGUCUGACCUGCUCUACAUCCUUACGAUGCCCCUGUGGAUAAGGUACUACAACCAGGGCCACGACUGGGACAUGGGCAAGUUCACCUGCGGUGUGGCAGGCUUUUUAUACUACUCCAACAUGUACGUGAGCAUCUACCUGCUGUGCUGCAUCUCUGUGGACCGCUGCCUGGCGGUCACCUUCCCCCUGAGGUCCAAGUCGUUCCGCAGCUCCCGCCUCGCCUGGCUGGUGUGCCUGGCGUUGUGCCUGGUGGUCAUGUCCUUACACUGCCUGGUGCUGUUUCAGGACAACCUGUCCAAGGACGGCAACAACACAGCGCAAAGCUGCUACGAGACCUACCCGAUGCCACGGACCGUGGCCAUGUUCAACCUGCUGCGGGUGGGGGUCGGCUUCCUACUGCCCCUGCUGGUGAUGGGGCUGUGUUACUGGAAGAUCCUGGGUCACGUCAAGCAGAGCGAGGGGCUCAGGGAGCAGGUCAAGAGGAAGGUACGGCUCCUCUCCUUCGGGGUGAUUGGGAUCUUCUCCGUCUGCUUCGCCCCCUACCACCUCCUCCUGGCGACACGCUCCCUGGCGUAUUACCACAUGGACGUUAGGAGGUACUGUGACUUUGAGAGGAGUGUACAUUUCCCCUUCUCCUGCACGCUGGCUCUGUCCAGUUUGAACAGUGUGGUGGACCCGAUUCUCUAUGUGCUUGUCAGUGACGAGGUCCGGGAGGACAUUAUGCCGUGUUGCGGUCGAACUAGGCAGGAUCAGAGGGAUAACACCAAAACCCUCACCACUGGGACAAUGAAAACCUUGACAAGCUUGAUCUGAUCUUGUAUGUGUGGGUGUUUGUGCGCGGGCGUGUGUGCCUGCCUUGAGCAUGUUGUUAUGCCCUGAACCUAUUUGCAGGAAAGCCCUCCUGGGCACAUUGUAAAAAUGACAACAUGUUUUUCUGUGUGACUUUAAUAACAAGUCCUUUCAUAUGAACUCUCUUUCAUGGACAAUCAGUAUGCACAAAGAGUCUAGCCUUUGUUCAGUUUUUGUAAUAUCCUGCUUGGUGAGGAAGAUGCUGUUCCCUCUCUAAUGCAGUAUGAGAGACACGGCCCGUUUUACAUGUGCCAGAUUUACUUUUGGACCUAAGUGUAUAUGCUACAACCUCCACAUGGGGAAAGAUUAAAUAACCUGUGAAGUGCCUCAACAAGACACCGCCCAACCCCUCAAAAGGUACCUCUUCAACCAGUCCCAGAACCAUCCCUGAUCGAUGUUUUGGAAAUUCCUACACAUUCUACACGUUACACCACAUUCAAUAUAUUUUUCAUAUCUUUCUUCCAAUGGUUAAAUCUGAUUUUCAAAAUGUGGUCAUUAUCUUGUGUUACAUGUUUACAUAAAUAUGUAUUUUUUUCUGCCUGUGUCAUCUAUCAAACAGUAUAUAAAAAGUGUUGGCAUAUUUUGUCAGA